AUGUCUAACCAAGGAUGGAUCGCGGAAGCUUCGUCACUGGUAGAGUUAGCGACUCUGCUAGGGAACUGUAUGUCACCGGAGCACGAUGUAAGAAAUAACGCAAUGGAUUCAUUGAAGGUAUUUGAAUCGCAGCCGGAGUUUUUUAAUUACCUAUGUUACAUUCUAAUCGAAGGUGAAACUGAUACAACGCUGUUGCAGCGAUUUUCUCAGGUCGAUUUAGCUAAUUGUAGAGCUACAGCCGGUAUGUUAUUGAAGAAUUCCCUUAUGGACCCUUCAAAUAUUGCAACAAAGAAUAUCGAGUAUGUGAAGAGUAAUAUUGUGAAAGGAUUAGAGAAUGGAUCUAAUGCACUUGUCGGAAAUGUAACAGGUAUCGUAGUUACCGCAUUAUUUUCCAGUUAUUACAGGCAACAUAGGGAUGAUCCUACAGGUUGGAAUAUGUUAACUCAGUUAUUGGAGUUAUCAGCACGUGGCAGUGUCGAUGCAGCAAAAGCUUUAUCCAAAGUUGUAGAAGAUAACGCUACCUUAUUUCAAUUAGAUUGGACUAAUAAUCAAACCCAAUCCGGGCAGCCAAUCGAGAUUUUGGUUAUACAAUUUUUAUUAAUGAUAGAUGCACCACAAUUACCCUUCCAGGUGCGUGCAGAAUGUAUUAAAUCCAUAAAUUUUAUUAUAAAGUUACAAUCUCAGUAUUUUAUUGUUAAGAUAGAUGAAUUCCUGAAUAAAUUGUUUCAUUUGGCACAAACUGAGAGCCAUGAACCUAUUACAACCCAGAUUUGUAUUAGUUUUACUUUAUUAUUGGAAACCAGGCCGGAUAAACUAAUUGACCAUUUAGCAGGAAUUGUCCAAUUCAUGUUACAUGUGAUUGGUAAUGCUACAAACGAACAGGUGGCAGUUGAGGCAUGUGAAUUCUUACACACAUUUGUGACAGGUGCCCAUAUUCCCAAGCAUAUACUACAACCGUUUGUAGGAGAACUGGCACCUGUCUUACUUGCUAAGAUGGUGUACGAUAAAGAUUCAAUUACCAUAUUUGAAACACACAAUGAAGCUGAUGCCUUGGUUGAGGAUAAAGAUGAAGACAUCAGACCUAUGGCUCCUCGUAUAGUCAAAAAAGGCAAAAAUGGUACCCAGGCUGAUACUAGUGAUGACGAAGAGGAAGAUGAUGACGAUGAUGGUGACGGACAAGUAGAUUCUGGCUGGACAUUAAGAAAAUGCUCUGCAGCUACAUUGGAUUCUAUGACAAACGUUUUACCAAGAGAUGUUAUAGAAAUUGCUUUCCCUUUCUUAAGAGAACACCUUACCUCCGAAGAAUGGUAUGUCCGGGAAGCCACAAUUUUAGCAUUAGGUGCUAUGGCAGAAGGUGGCAUGAAGUAUUUUAAUGAUCAAUUACCUGCAUUAAUACCAUUUUUAGUAGAGCAAUUGAAAGAUACCUGGGCACCAGUACGGAAAAUUGUAUGUUGGACACUAAGUAGAUUUUCACCAUGGAUUUUGCAGGAUCAUACCGAAUUUUUGAUUCCUGUUCUUGAACCUAUUGUGGCUACAUUAUUAGAUAAUAAAAAAGAUGUCCAGGAAGCCGCCAUUAGUAGUGUAGCGGUAUUUAUCGAGAACUGUGAUACUGAAUUGAUAGAAACCUUACUUUACAAUGAUUUACUUCAGAGUUUUGACAAAUGCUUCACAUUAUACAAAAAGAAAAACCUAAUUAUACUGUAUGAUGCUGUGGGUCGUUUCGCAGAGAAAGUUGAGUUAGAUGAUAAGGGUAUGCAAAUAGUCUUACCGCAUUUAAUUUCAAAAUGGUCUGCUCUACCAGACAAUGAUAAGGAACUAUGGCCUUUACUAGAAUGCUUAUCGUGUGUCGCAUCAUCCUUAGGGGAAAGAUUUGCUCCAAUGGCACCCGAGGUCUAUUCGAGGGCCUAUAGAAUUCUUUGUCAUUGCGUAGAAAGCGAAUCCAAGUCCCAUAACGAUCCGACAAUAGUGGUACCGGAAAAGGAUUUCACAAUCACGUCACUUGACCUUAUUGAUGGGAUUGUUCAAGCACUCGGUGAGAAUGCUCAGCCAUUACUGAUACCUGGUCAGACGGAUAGAACGUUACUCCAAAUCAUGUUAGAGUGCUUACAGGAUCCGGUUCAUGAGGUUAGACAAAGUGUUUUUGCACUAUUAGGUGAUAUCGUGACGUUUUUUGAUACACAGGUACUAAGUGGUUAUUUAUCUCAGUUUCUUAAAUUCAUCGGUAUUGAAGCAAUGCAUAAUGAUGAUAUCGAAGGUAUACCUAGCGUGGUAAAUGCGGUAUGGGCUCUUGGUAUUAUCAGUGAACGCAUCGACUUAGCCCAGUAUAUCAUAGAUCUUUCUGGAAUUCUAUUGGACUUGUUUGUAACUACUUUACAGGAUGUUGACCUCGCUAUUUUAGAGAAUGUUGCCAUUACAAUUGGAAGGAUGGGUAUGACACACCCUGAGGUGUUCAACACAGGUAAGUUUGCUAAUGAUGCUGUUUGGACUAGUUGGUGCAACUUCGUGAACCCAGUAGAUUCUAUCGAAGAGAAGAGCAGUGCUUACCUAGGGUUCAUCAAAAUUACAGCCUUGAGCAGCACUGUGCAGAUGAGUAACACCACUUUACAUAAAAUAAUUGAAGGUCUAUCAAGAAACGUCGACACGUCAGUAUUCACCCAAGAAGUUGUAGACUUCCUGAUGUCUCGCCAACAACAACUAUCGCAAAUAUCAUUCAACGACCACGAGUUGCAUUUCCUUCAAUCUUUCGCCUCAUAA